UUGAAAUAUUUUUUUACUCCGUUCUCAUAUUUUUUUCCAUCAACUUGUCCCUUUAGGGACUCCAUAGAAUGUGUAAUUUUCCUUUCCAAACAUAGUACUCGGCUUCGGGCACAUCACUAGUUGUUAGUUAGAAGAUUGAUAAGUCAUAGCAUGACCUCAUAGCUGAAUAAAGAACAAAUUUAAAAAUGCAGUCUUGCAGGAAAGUGGUGUAGCUUGUAUGAUUUUACAUUUUGGAUUUAUUAUUAUUUGUUAUGUGUUGAAUUUUUUUUUUUUUUUAAAGGUGCAGCAGAGCGUGAUGUCAUAUCACAACCGUUGCAGUGUCCGAAGAGAUUCUGCAUGCUCAAACUGUACUUCGCUUACUUCGGUUUUUACAAGUGCACGAGGGUCUGCGUAUAGUGAGUGUGAAAAUUUCGCACAGACUAUCAAAUGGAGUAUAUAUUGAAAGGCUAUGCAUUCGACUGUACACAUACGCUAGCGUUUGCAUAAAAAAAAAGUACACUUUGGGCUUUAAGCACAGACAUUUAAAUAGCGCAGUGUCUAUUUACACUAAGUGCAAAUAGUGUCCCUUGUUCGCAAAUGCUAUUUACACUAGCUCCGCCCACCAAUGCCUGGUUGGGCCACUCAAGUUUUAAAAAAGAUGCGCGGAAUUCAACAUCUUCAAAAGGCGCAGCAGUAGCGAAUAAGACUCGCAGACCUGGCUUUUAAUGCGAAUGACGCAGGUUCGAAUCCGCCUUUUGCCGAGAUCGCACUUAUUUUCAAAAUUGAAAAUGAUGUUCUAAAAGUGGAAAUAAACUGUGAACGAGUGUUUAAUAAUAUUAAAAGUGUUUAUUGGGUAGGUCUAGGGGAAGGUGUAGGGAGGAUUUUUAUUCUCCCAAUAAGGCAGGAUCUAUUUAAUAAUUUUAGUAUAAUCAUUUACACUCUAUGAUAUUAUUGCAUCUUGUUAAUGUACAAAAAUACUGAGUUGCAAAUAGUAUGUGCCAAUAUAAAGUAGCAUCUAAUUACUAUUAAUCUUAUUGCAAGGAACUGAUACUUUUACAUGGUGUAAAUAGAAUCUAUCGCUAUUUUCAACUAGUGUAAAUAGCAUAUCGCUAAGAAAAUGCUGCUAUUGUCACUUAGUGUAAAUAGCAUCUUAAACCAUGUUACCUUGAUAAAUUUAAGAUAAGAAUUGUUGAUUUGUUCCAAAAUUGAUUUUGACAAUGCAGAAGGUGGUGGAGUAAACAGUGUUCUUAAUCUCUAGGGAAAGUGAAUAGUGAAAGGGAGGAGGCAUUGCUAAUGUAGGGAUUGAGUAGAUAAGAAGAAGGGUAAUUGGAGCUGCGGGGGGAGGAAAACGAACCUGUGCUCAUUUUGAAUAAAGGCACAGGAAAACGCUCUCUGAAAAUGGCACAUUACUUAACCAACAGGUUAUUGCUCUUUGGACCCAGAGAAUGAACUAAUGCUGACCUCACGGAGUUCAGCUGCAUGAAUUGUUAGCAUUAAGGUUUUAGGAUCACGUCCUUAAACACUUCAGCCUCUACCAGUCUCUGUAAAAUAGGUCACUAUUCUGUCUAGUGACCUUCAUUUGGUCAUUUUUGCGCUUGAAAAAAAAAAAAAAAAAAAAAAAAAAAAAAAACAACAUGAGGUGCUGUAGUCAAGGUAAAUGUUAAGCUGUGAUAUCAGUUAGAUAAUAGUUAAGGAUUAAUAAUUACAGUUUUACAGAUUGCUUAGCCCAGCUUAAAAAAAAAUAAUAAUAAUUUCUAAGAACAUUUUUCUAACAAUUUUAUUAAGUUAUGAAAAUGUUAUUUUGAUCUCUGGAUGUUCAAAACGUCCUGUUUUUGUUUUAAAUGUUUUUUUUUUAGUUUUUUGUUUGUUUGUUUGUUUGUUUGUCCAUUUCAAAAUAUUAUGGGAAUAUUACUUUUGAAUGUUUUCUGAACAUUCUGAAAGAAGUAGUAACAUUUAUAAAAAAAAAAUAAAAAAAAAAAAUAGACAAAUGUCCAACUAAAACAUUUCAGGUAAAAACAUUCCAUGACUAAUAAUAUUUUUGUGCUAAUGUUUUAAAAACAUUAAAAACCAGAUAACUUCGAAUGAACAUUGUAUCAACAUUCCUAGAACAACAUUUGUUCAUAAACAUGCCAGAAGUUUCUGAAAAUGGCCCCUGUUAGCUGGUAGUUCACCCAAAAAGAAAAUGUUGUCAUUUAUUUACAAGGCAGUUCUUUUAUUGUUUUCUCCCUUGAAUUAAUUGAUUCUGUUUGCAUAAUUAUUAAGUUUGGAGUGUAAAGUUUAAGGGCGGGUAAGAAUUUUUAAUGUUUUUAAAAGAAGCCUAUUAUGAUUAAUUAAUACAAUAACUGUUUUCUACUGUAAUAUAUUUUUAAAUGUUAUUUAUUUCUGUGGUGAAAAGCUGAAUUUCAGCAUCAUUACUCCAGUCUUCAGUGUCACAUGAUCCUUCAGAAAUCAUUCUAAUAAGGUGAUUUUCUGCUUAAGAAAGAACAUUUAUUUAUUAUAAAUGUCUUUUUCUACUUAUUUGUAAUUCGCUAGGACAAAAGCCUCUGUUAAAUGAAUAAAUUGAUUACACCAAAGUCUUUGAUUUGACAGUUAAAAUUAAAUUAGGAAUUAUUUAUUCAGAUUAAAUUAAAAUGAUUAAAUCAGCUUUUUGUAAUAACAAAUUGGCUAUUUUAUUCAUCAUGAUAAAAAUAUGAUAUAGUAAAAAACGAAAUAAUAAUAAUAAGAAGAACCAGAAGAGUGCAUUUUGUUAUUAGACACUAAUUCUGAUCACUUUUUUUUUUUUUUUUUUUUUGAAUCUGUAAUCAGACAUGAACCUUCACCCGACCCUGAAUAACUAUAUAGACUAUUAUUCUGCAGGCACUUCAGUAUUAUAUGGCUAAUAGCGAGGGAGUCUGACUUGACCAAUGAUUAGUGGUCCCAUGUGGAUACCAUGGCAACACGUAAUUUCAGCUUUCUUUGGCAUGGUGUGUGUGCAUGCGCUGUGUUCUUUCGAUAGCUUAUUUAGGAUAAAGGUCUUGGCCUGGAGGACGCACUCCAGAUUUCUGCGUUUCAUGGAUCAUGCAAAGGUGCUUACUUCAGCUCAGGAUGAGUAAAGAAAUGGAGGAGCUUUCUCCCCUGGGCGACUCGGGGCACGGUGAUGGGUCUGAGGAAGAAACAGAGGAAGAUGAUGAGCCCAAAAUUUGUCAAGUAUGCGGUGACAAAUCCACAGGUUACCACUUUAACGCCAUGACCUGUGAGGGCUGCAAAGGCUUUUUUAGGCGUGCCAUGAAGCGACCCGCACAGCUCUGCUGCCCGUUUCAGAAUGCCUGCGUCAUCACCAAGAGCAACAGGAGACAGUGCCAAUCCUGCCGUCUCCAGAAAUGCCUCUCAAUAGGCAUGAAGAGAGAGCUGAUCAUGUCGGAUGAGGCCGUGGAGAAGCGCAGGAUGCAGAUCAGGAGGAAGAGGAUGCAGGAGGAGCCUGUAAUGCUCUCCCCUCAACAGGAAGCUGUCAUACAGGAGCUGGUCGCCGCACAUCGAAAGACCUUCGACAUGACUUGCACCCAAUUCAUUCAGUUUCGGCCUUUAGAUCGGGAUAAAAAAUCCAUGCUUGAAAACAGUCGAGAACCAAGAAGCGGCAGGUCUUACACAAUCAUGGAUAAACCACCGCCUGAAGAGGCAAUGCAGCGGACCAUCAGCUUUGCCUCCGUCUCAUCCCCUUCCUCCAGCUUUCAGAGUCUUGAAAGUAAAGAGAGGAAGUGGCUUAAAAGUGCCAUUUUCACCUCUCUGCCACAUUUUGCAGACCUCACCACAUACAUGAUUAAGAACAUAAUUAACUUCAGCAAGACACUUCCAAUGUUCAGGGCUCUGAUCAUCGAGGACCAGAUCUCGCUGCUGAAAGGCGCCACCUUUGAGAUCAUUCUGAUUCACUUCAACAUGUUCUUUAAUGAGGUGACAGGCAUUUGGGAGUGUGGCCCGCUGCAGUACUGCCUGGAUGAUGCCAUGCGAGCUGGUUUUCAGCGCCAUCUGCUGGACCCUCUGAUGAAUUUCCAUUACACACUGCGCAAGCUGCACUUGCAUGAGGAGGAGUAUGUGCUGAUGCAAGCCAUCUCGCUCUUCUCACCAGAUCGCCCUGGUGUGACUCAUCACAAUGAGAUCGACCGUAACCAGGAAACACUAGCUGUCACCCUGAAGACGUACAUCGAGGCCAAGAGGGCUGAGCCAGAGAAACAUCUGCUGUACCCGAAGAUCAUUGCGUGCCUGACUGAGAUGAGGACAAUGAAUGAAGAGUACACAAAACAGGUGCUGAAAAUCCAGGACAUUCAGCCUGAUGUGUCUCCACUUUUGUUGGAAAUAAUAAGCAAAGACGGCUAAGUUUGCACAGAGCAAAUGAGACUGCACCAACAGGCCUUGAACACCCUAUCGGUGACCUUCAUCCGAGGCCACUAAACAUUGAAAGACUAGAAAGGACAAGGACGGUGCCUACAGAUAAUGAACUACUGAACAGCAGCACACAGCAAUUGUGAAAUUGUACUUUUAUAAUUGGUGAAUUGUUUCUAAAUGUAAUGUAAUUGUGUUUGAGUUUUACUGAAAGGCAAUCUUUUUUCGGAAUCUUAUCACUAAAGAACAAUUUCUAUGGUUCAUAAGCAGA